ACACCUUACGGACCCAGGAAGUCACAGCCAUGGGUCAAAUCGUUGCGCCCGUAAUCGCCCUAUGCCCACAACGUGCUGGGACACCAGGAGAGCGUCAGAAGGACCAACGGAAUGACCGGAAGAUACAGCAAAAGGCAAGCACUUGAAACAGUGUUUCCUUCGGAUGACGAUGAGGAUGGUGCGUGGAAGGCUUGGGGUGCUCCAGAUGAAUUGGGGCUUCCAGGCAACGCAGGCAAUGUGCCCUUCAGCAGCGGAACGGAAGGAGAGCAAGACGGACAGGAAUUUGAGAUAGCAAUGCGGCGCAUGUUUUCACUACAAGAGAAGGAGUUCAAGUGUAGCAACAUGGACGAGGGCUACAAAGCGCGGCUUGAAAGAGCUCACAAGAGACUUCAACGCGAUCUUGCAGCAGUUCAAUGUAGUCGGACAUUGCCAAAGAGCUCACUCAGUCAAAUUUCUGCGCAAGUAGACGGAGUGGGAGAGAUUGCCCUUGAGCAGUUGCGCUCAAGCACCUGGGUAGUGAAGCCAGCAAGCAGCAAGCAGUCCCUUCUGUGUGGUCGAAAUAUCGCUGAACGCAAAGCCAUUGGCGCUGAAGAUUUUUCAACUUGGGAAAAUCGCCAUGAUGCUCUCCAGCGGCGCACGAUGGCAAGAUGACCCACAGAUUGAAGAGAGUGAGCUGCUUAACAUAUUUUACAUAGUAGUUACAAACCGAAGAAAACCUAUUGUCCAACCAAAGAAAAUUCUGCAUCGAUAUCCUCCUUUAGCUGACGCGGCUGAACGGGGCAGAUUUGGAAUCAUGCACAUUUCGAUGGACUCUCUGAUUCAAGAAAGAGACAAGGCAGAGCAGAAGGCAGAGAAGGUAGAGGAGGAAAACCAGAAGCUGCGAGAGGAAAACUUGCGGCUGCAAAAGAACCUCGAGGAAGCCUUGAAAAGAGCCCAGUCGUGAAUCACGUGUCACAUUGCCACUCCAAACACUGGUGCUGGUGCUGACCCACUUCCACAGAGAAGGGAGGAGCUCGGAGCAAGGGUGAAUGACAUGGACAGACCAAUCGCAGCGAUGAUAAA